AUGGGCAACACGGGCUCCAUGGCCGUGCACCCGAGCUCGUCGCGUCAGCUAUCUCGGCGACUCAGCUUUACGAGCACCCGCAAAGCAGAAGACAAGUCGAUUUUGCUGCUGGGGCUCGACAGCAGUGGCAAGAGUGCCCUUGCCCACGGCCUGGCGAGCAUCCCGAAUGCACCGGCGACAACCGCUCAUCCGUCGUCGUGGACGCCACCGCUGCCGGCCCCGACCAAAGUGGCGUGCAUCAAGACCACGGCCAUCCACGCGCGUAUGUUCAAGCUCCUCGACAUGCCCGGGCACCGAGACGCACGCCAUUUGUGGUACCAGCACAUGAACGACGUUGGCGUAGUCUGCUUUUGCAUCGACAUGAGCGACAUACUGCGGUUUCCGCUCGUCGCCAACGAGCUCGACCGCCUCUCGGCGCUGACGGCGUCGCUGGCGUCGUCGCCCGUGGUCUGGCUGCUCUUUACCAAAGCCGACUGCGCCUCGCCGGGUCAACGGCCGAACGCGAUCGAGACGUACGAAGCCAUCAAGAAGUGCCACGUCUUUCAGACGCGGAGGUCCUGCGACUGGUCGUUCAUCCUUGCCCCCGCCAUCAACUGCCUCGCCGAGACGCAGCUGAGUGCGUUCAAGUCCUGGGUCCACGAACACCUCGCCAUGAAGGAAUAG